AUGAAGCAGCUGAACGGGGGGAGGGACGGUGGGUGGCGCCGGGGGGGGCGGGGGGCGGGCGGGGGGAAGGGCGGAGGGAAGGGCGGGAGGAGAGGAGCAGGAGGAGGGAGGGGGGCGGCAGGGGAGGUGAGAUUCGAAGAUGUAGCAGGGGUGGACGAAGCAAAACGAGAGCUUAUGGAGUUAGUUCAGGGGAUCAAAGGCGCCGGUGCGUUUGCUGCUAUGGGCGCGCAUAUCCCCAAGGGUGUUCUCCUCAUUGGUCCCCCCGGCACGGGAAAAACGCUGCUCGCUCGCGUGGUGGCGGCAGAGGCAGAUGUGCCGUUCUUCGCUGCGUCUGCGAGUGAGUUUGUCGAGAUGUUCGUUGGGAGAGGCGCUGCCCGCGUGCGGGAGCUGUUUCGAGAGGCGAGGAAAGCGGCUCCAGCGAUUGUGUUUAUCGAUGAGAUUGACGCAGUGGGGGCGCGGCGCGGCGCGAGCAGCAACGACGAGCGGGAUCAGACCCUCAACCAGCUGUUGACAGAACUGGAUGGGUUUGACUCGCCUGAUGAUGGGGUGCUGCUGCUGGCUGCUACGAACCGGCUGGAUACUCUUGACCCGGCGUUGACCCGAUCUGGGAGGAUUUCGCGACGGGUGAUGGUGCCUCUGCCUGAUGUGGAUGGAAGGAGGGAUAUUCUGAGGGUGCACAUGCGGAGGAUGGGAGAGCGGAUGAAGGGGAGGAGGAGCGGUUCAGGGGAGGGGCGAGUGGGAGGAGGUGUGGUAGGGGGAAGAGGGGGAGUUGGAGGAAGAGUGGGAAGUGUGUGGGAUGUGCUGGGGGCGGAGGAGGAAGAGGAGGGGAUGAGGACAGUGGUGGCGAGGUAUUCAGAGGGGUUCUCAGGGGCGGACCUGGAGAACGUAGUGAAUGAAGCGGCAUGGCUCGCUGCACGGAGUGGCGAGGCACGGGUGAGUCUGGACCAUCUGCUCGAUGCAGUGGAGCGCACUCGCAACGGCAUCGGCAUCACCAGCACCACCACUGGCCUUCGCAUGAAACCCCGUACCCGUGGCGGCAGUAGCAGCAGCAGCAGCCCCCUGCUUGGGUUUCUAUCUCGUGCCCUUGGACCGUUGGCGCAGCAGCAGCAGGAGAAGGAUGUGCCUGCGCGUGCCAUCUCACCCGGGAUCUGA